AAUUGUCACCUCCUCCAAUUACGGGACGACAACCCUACUCUAACUUCACUUUCUCUCUCUAAACUCUCCAAUUGCACACAGUACAAAAUUGAAAUUUGUAUAGUAAUGCAUUAUUUUAAUAAAUAAAAAUAAAAAGCUCCACAUAGCGUUGACAAUCACGCCUGAAUCUGGAAAAAAGAAAAAAAGAAAAAAGCAAACAAUCCAUCAAUAAGGUGUGUAUGGAAGAAGGAGAAGGAGGAGAAGAGGAAGAGAACGAGAGGGACGAUCUUCUCUCCUUCUAGAGAGAGAGAGUGACAAAAAGAAAACAAUUCUAGAAAGAGAAAGUUGGAGAGACUUGAGGGUUUUGAUUUAGAGAGAGAGAGAGAGAGAGAGAGAAUGGGGAAGGGGCCAUUCUCGUUUCGGCGGACGACCAGCCGUCGCCGGAAGAAGAAGGGGGCGGAGACGCCGCAGAUGCUGCCGGCGCUGGAGGCCGCCGCCGCCGCCGCCAAUAACUCGAUCUCCGCCAUGGUGGCGGCGGGAGGGUCGACCAAGCCGAAGAAAAAGGCCGGAGGGGCGAGGCUGUGGAUGCGUUUCGACCGGUUCGGCCAAUCGGAGCUCAUCGAAUGCGACAAGGGUACCAUCAUCAAGCGCGCUUCGAUUCCGGCUAGGGAUUUGCGAAUUCUUGGCCCCGUAUUCUCUCAAUCCUCCAAUAUUCUUGCUAGAGAGAAAGCCAUGGUUGUUAAUUUAGAGUUUAUAAAGGCUAUAGUUACAGCUGAAGAAGUGCUAUUGCUUGAUCCUCUCUGCCAGGAGGUUCUUCCAUUUGUCGAUCAGCUAAGGCAACAACUUUCUCAGAAAACCCCAUUUAAAAUUCAAGCAGCUGGUCAAAAUGCCGCAGAAAAUAAUGAAACACAUUUUUCAACCGGGGGACAAUGGUUACCAGUCCCUGAAGCUGUUGAAGGUUUGCAAUGUGAGCUUCCAUUUGAGUUUCAAGUUUUGGAGAUUGCAUUAGAGGUCGUCUGUACAUUUUUGGACUCCAGUGUGGCAGACCUUGAGAGAGAUGCUUACCCAGUGUUGGAUGAACUGGCCAGGAAUGUUAGCACCAAGAAUCUUGAGCAUGUACGGAGUUUGAAAAGCAAUCUUACCCGUUUGCUUGCGAGGGUACAAAAGGUGAGGGAUGAAAUUGAACAUCUUUUAGAUGACAAUGAAGAUAUGGCACAAUUAUACUUGACAAGGAAGUGGAUUCAAAAUCAGCAAUAUGAGGCUUUGUUGGGAGCUACAGCUUCCACUGCUGCACCCCAUCUUCGUCAUAUGAAUUCUAUCAGGAGUGGAAGUUUGAUCUCGAGCAACAAUUUGAAUGACCAUGAUGUGGAGGAUCUGGAGAUGUUGCUUGAGGCUUAUUUCAUGCAGCUAGAUGGGACUCGUAACAAGAUACUCUCUGUUCGUGAGUACAUUGAUGACACAGAAGAUUAUGUCAACAUCCAACUUGACAACCAGCGAAAUGAACUCAUUCAACUCCAAUUGACACUGACCAUCGCAUCAUUUGCCAUUGCUACUGAGACUCUUAUAGCAGGGAUUUUUGGUAUGAACAUACAUUGUCAACUGUAUGACACCCAUGGGAUAUUUCCCACCUUCGUUGGAGUUAUUACGGCUGCUUGUAUAUUACUUUUCCUGCUUGUUCUAGGAUAUGCCAGAUGGAAGAAGCUGCUUGGAUCGUGAGUCCCUGUAAUCUAAUCUGCUGCUAUACCGUGUUUAAACAUAUAAUAGUUAAAAAAUUUAUGAGGUUAUUUUUCUCGUUUCCUUUGGAAAGUCAUUUACACAGUGGAAGUUAUUUUUUUAAGUUAAUUUUUUUUAUAAAAAUUCUGGGCAGGUGCACACCGGAAGUUCAUUA